CUUGGACUGUAUUUAUUCUGAUCGAUAAUGUUAUCAUACUAACAGUAACACCAAAAGCGACAUUUAGCGCUAUUUCUGCACGCGAAUUGACGCAGAAAAAUGAAGAAGAGAAACGUAAGAAAGGAUGAUUCAGCGUCGGUUCAGAAGCCUACAAAAUUACAGCAACAGAAGAAAGAAAAGACGCCCACAUCAUGGAAGAAAAUCAUCCUCUUGUCACUCGGUGCAGUUGCCAUGUUGGGAUUCUCUGUGAAAAUACUCCCUGAACUAAUCCAGCAGGCUGUUUUCAUGUACAGAUUGAGACUGCCGUACUUUGCUGACCUGAGCCAACCUGCUGACUUCUCCCUCAAUCACACUAUCAACCUGUACCUGUCGCCUGAGGAGGGCAUCUCUCUGGGAGUUUGGCUCACUGUUCCUGAUCUCCGGUGGAAGGAGGCACAAGGAAAAGAUCUGGACUGGUAUGAGAAAGCUUUAGGAGAUGGAAAUCCUGUUUUCAUUUAUUUCCAUGGAAACACAAAAAACAGGGCGGCGCCACAUCGCAUUGGAGUUUUAAAAGUUCUGAGUGCACUUGGUUAUCAUGUGGUGGUGCCAGACUACAGAGGGUUUGGAGACUCUACUGGAGAGAUCACUGAAGAAGGUGCGACCACUGACUCCCUCUACGUGUACAACUGGGUCAAAGCACGAAGUGGCAGCAGCCUGGUCGUUAUCUGGGGCCACUCUCUCGGCACUGCGUUAUCAACAAAUGUUGCUGUAAAACUUCUUGAGAAAGGUGUGGUUUUAGAUGGCGUUAUUCUUGAAGGAACAUUUAAUGCUGCUCGAAGCAAAAUUCCCGUAAAUCCUUUAAUCUGGUUUUAUUUUACUCUUCCUGGUAUUAAAUAUUUAUUUAUAGGAGAAGGAAGCCUUUUACAAUCUCCACCUUUUCCAACAGAGGAAAACUUAAAGAAAAUGAAAAGCCCAAUACUAUUUCUCCACGCAGAAGAUGACAGCUCAGUACCUAUUGAGACUGCUGAAACGUUGUAUGAAAUAGCUGCUAGUUUCCAAAACAAAGAUCGGGUCAAGAUGGUUCGGUUUGAUGGGACUUUGAAGGGAGGCUAUCUCCAUAAUGGACUCUAUCGGGACGCCGAAUUGCCUGGUGUAAUAAAGGAUUUUGUGGCGUCUUUAUAGUCAAGCCUGAAUAAUGGACAACUCUAGAAGAAAAACUAAAUGCAAUGUUGAUUUAUAAAAAAACUUACAUUUCUAAAAGAGGUUGUGAAGACCUGCAAAUCCACAAUUUUACAACUGAUCUGAACAUUCUACCACAUUUACUUCCUCGGCAUUGUAAUCACUGUAUAGUUUUUAAAUAUACUGCAGUCCCACAUUCCUAAAUUGGUCUAAAUAAUGGCCGCAAUAGCAAUUUAAGAUUCUGGUCUGUCCUAAUAAUUGCACUGAGUUAUCUUUAAUUUAUUUUAAUUUUAGGAAACAAAAUGUGAUUGUGAAAAAUGCGAUCGUUUGCUAUUGAAUGCACCAUAAUUACCGAAAACAUAUGAGAGCUGUUGUGGAGUGUUGAUGCAAGUUGAUCAUAAAUCUUGGCACUUUCUGUCUUAAUAUCACAGUGGCACUUAUAUUUUGUUGAGCUUCUUGAAUAAAGAUGAAUACUGAGAA